AUGACGCAAUGGUCGAAAGAUUACUUGAAGAAGCGCGCCGAUCUGGAGUCGAAAGAUCAAGCCAUCAAUGCUCAAGGAGGAAAGUACGGCAACGCGCUACAAGCGGCAUCAAAAGGCGGUCACGAAAAGAUAGUUCAUAUACUUCUCGACGGUGGAGCAGAUAUGAAUGCUCAAGGAGGAUUCUGUGGCAACAUGCUACAAGCAGCAUCAGGAGGUAGUCACGAGAGAGUGGUGGGGAUACUCUUGGACAGAGGAGCAGAGGUGAGUGCCCAAGGACGAAAGUAUGGCAAUGCCCUACAAGGAGCAUCACGCAGUGGCUAUGAGGGGGUUGUGCAGAUACUCCUCGACAGAGGGGCGGAGGUCAAUGUUCAAGGAGGAUAUUGUAGCAUUGUGUUACAAGCGGUAUCAUACCGUGUGGACGAGAAAGUGAUACAAAUCCUACUGGACAAAGGCGCAAAUGUUAACGCCCAGGGUGGAUUUCAUGGGAGCGCAGUACAGGCGGCAGCGGAGGGAGGCCAUGAAAAGGUUUUACAGGUCUUGAUCGAGAAGGGCGCCGACGUGGCUGGUCAGGGUACCGACUUUCAAGUUUGCUCCCGCACUUUAGUUAGAUUCAAAGCUAUGUAG